AUGACACACAAAACUAGAAUUAACUGGUAUUUAACAUUUCUAACCAUACUACUAACUCAAUCAUAUUUAAUUCAGUUAGUAAAUGCCGCCGCAGUCGGUUCCAACAUCCUCAAGGAUGCCCAUGUAUGGUAUUGGAAUGAUUUGAAAACCAUUAGCAUUGGAGAAUUUCUGCCGGAAUGGUUAGAUCUGAAUCUCCCGCAAUUAGAAGAAAUUGGCGUUCGACAAAUCUUAAGCUCAGAUGGGAAUAUGUUUGCCAGUAUUCAAUAUGGGAAUAAUCACAUUGAAGGACAAAAACUGAAAUGGUAUCUGAAAUUCUUUUCCCGAUCUACAUAUGUUCGAAUAGUUGAACGAGAUAAAUAUGAAACAUUACGUACUCCUUGGAAGAAAGCCUCUCCUUGUAUGUUAUGUAAUCCCGAUUUCAGACAAUGUACAGUCUGGCCCGAUAUUCAUUCAUUAGAUUGGAAAAUUCAAAAUGAUAGUGGGAUUACUUUUGAAGAUGUCGCCUUGUUGGCAGGUCCGGAUCUUUUGUUGGUUAAAUCAGAAACCGUUCCUUCAAGUUUCAAUUGCAAUUUUACUAGUUUUAAUGAAGAUAGAGGAGCAGCUCAAAUUUGGGCCCAACAUCAAUUAUAUACCGCCGAGAUGCGUCAUCGAUUGGAUAAGAAGAGUUAUAUGGGCUAUAAACAAGGCAAAUGGUCACCAUGGUAUAAAACAGAUGUACCAAUUCGUGGUAAGACGGAAUUGUUUUGUGCAACGGGUUAUAAAGAGUGUCGAGCUGAUGAACCAGUGUUUCCAGCUCCUAUAAAUCCAAUCACUAAUCCAAUUCCAAAUCAACCAUUACCUCCUGGUGGCGUUCCACCAUCUCCUCCAGCUCCAGUUGGUGUUCCUCCACCUCCACCACCGCCACCACCACCUCCACCACCACCAGUCCCCCAUCAUUGA